AUGGCGGCAGGUCGAGGCGAGUUUUUCCGGAGCUUCCUGGCAGGUUUGGAUAUGCAACCCGGCCAACCUGCUCCAGGUAGACGACAGCCAGUUCGUGGUAGAGGAAACCCGCGUCCAGGUGGAGGAUUGAAGGGCGGGAAGAAUGAGAAGAAAUGGUCGAAGGCAGCAGCACCGAGCAUGGCACCGAGGCAGGUCAACGGGAUGGAUAACAGGCUGCCGUCUGAGAUUCUGAUUCAGAUCCUGUCGUACCUGGAUGCCUCCUCGCUAUUCUGCGUCAGCCAUGUCAGCAAGCUCUUCCAUCAGCUUGCCAAUGAUGAUGUCAUGUGGCAUAAGAUUUACAUGUCAGAAUUUGGGGGUCAAACAUGGAAGCCGAAGUCGUUGGAUGCUGCUGCACUGAAGGAGGAACCAGUGGAGAUGGAGGAUUGGUCAGCAGGUCACUGGAAGAAGAUGUACUUCAGAUCUAUAGCUGGACAAGAGCUGAACAAGUGGAGGAGAGAGCGGAGAGAAAUCAGCCCGUACACGGGGCUGCCCAGGCGGACCGAGUGGGUCCUCAGGAACCUGAAUGUGAACUGGGAGCUGACAGUGUGUGAUCGUCAUGGAAAGGAGAGCAGGCUGGAGCAGAGCCGAGCCUACUUCUUCGAGUCCUCUGUGAUCGUCCGCUGGAGUGGAGGCAGCCUCCCGUAUUACCAAAACAUCAGCAACAUCCAGCUGCACGGAGUCAGGACGGAUGCACUGAAGAGCCCCAAAGUCAGGAAGCCUGGAUGGCGCUCCCUGAUUUUGAAGCUGGACAUGAAGACCCAUCUUGGUCGCCUCGCAGGAACAGACGGACUGAUAAAACUGAUCAUUUUUUCAUCAGGCUUCAUCAUUGGCAUCUGGAGGGGUCAGAGCCGUGUUGCCUUCAUCAUGGUCAGUCUGCACUUCCACAGACUGGUGGAAAAGAGUCUGCUGGGAUCUCCAGUCUGCCCCUUCUCUGAGCCUGUGGACAGACCACAUGUUGACAACUCAGACCCUGAGUUUGGGCUGCACGGCUACACUUUACACUUUGUCCUGCACAACACCGGCACUGAAAUCAUGUCGGGUAACUUCCGGCAGCUCUUCUGUCGCACAGUUCAGAUUCAGGAAGGACUGGUGGAGCUGAAGGCCAUCAGCAAGACCAACCUAUCCCAGCACAGGUGCCUCUCUGGAAACAUCAAGAUGCCCUGGAAGAGCGAAGGGAUGGAGGGAUCAGUGGAGAACUGCUGCAUCAUGACGCUGACUCUGCUGGAUGAGUCCCAGAAACCUUUCUGGUGUGUCAGCGCACCCAUUUGUAUCACGAUGUCGAAGAACACGCUGUCCUUUGACUACAGUGGAGAGCACUUUCUGAUGGAGUACAAAAACCCUGACGGUCAGGUGAAGAUGAAGCUGGUGUGGUUGAAGGAGCAGAAGCAGUUCUUUGUUAUCAGUCUCACGGUUUCUGUUUCUGUUUUCAAAAUCAACAAUCAUUUUAGCACUGACUACUGA